AUGGGCGGGGAUGAGGUUAAAUUUGACGAGCUGGGACAUAAAUAUGAUCAGGAAGAUUUCGUGAUCAUGAAAACUGCGAACCAAGAAGAGUACAAAUGUUUCUUUCCAAGCGAUGAAUCGGUUACAGUCGAGGAUAAAAACAAUGAAGAAACAGGCGAUUCUGCCGAGACUCUUCUGGAGCCUCUUUUCAACAAAGCCUCUUCAACUAAAAAGGACUGCUCAUUGAGAAUCGAGACUUACUGGUCCUACGAGCUCUGCCACGGUCAGUUCAUCAGACAGUACCACGAAGAAAAAGUAAAGGGCAGCGUGAAAACGACGGAGUACUAUCUUGGUCGAUUGGACAAGAGCCCACUCGAUCCCAACAACGCUGUAACGAAACGAGCAGAAGUGAGCAAAAAGAAACUCGACGGAAUUCCAACUCCGUAUCAUUUAAUAACUAUGGGCGAUGGAACAGAAUGCGACAUUCAUACGGGGAAAAAGAGAAAGACUGAAGUAAAAUAUAUCUGCAACGCUGAGGCUAGAAACCCCGAAAUUCUUUCAAUCACGGAAACAACAACCUGCGAGUACGAAAUCAUCGUCUUGACCAAUCUCCUUUGUUCCUCUCCUCUUUAUUCUCUUCACCUCGACACAGAAACAUUCGGAAUUCCCUGUAAAAAACUUGGGGACUCCCCUACAGAAGGAAUCGUUCAAACGAUUAUCAAACAUGCUCAAGAAAUGGGAGUCAAUGUUAACGACAUUCAAAUCGAUGGACUUGAUGCUGCAGACAAAACGGCCAAAGAAAUCAAGCAAAAACUUUCGGAGCAUACAAAAAGCCAGCUGAAGGCAAACAUGCCUUCACAAAAAGUCCAAGAGGCGAAAAAGGCUCAACUUUCGGCUGAAACAGAAAAGAUCCUUAAUGAUUUCUUGGCGGGAGAAUUUUGCUUGCGAGGAGGCCAGGGCUGGUGGAAAUAUGAGUUUUGCUACGGGAAGCAUGUGAAGCAAUACCACGAGUUCCAAAAAGAACAAGGAAAGCCAAAGGAGCCGACAAAAGAAAUCAUCGUCGGAACGUGGGACGAAGCAACCCAUCUUGACUGGGCGAAAAACAGGCAAAAUGUGAAACGAUCGAAAGUAAAAGUCAAUACUGGCGAAAAAGCAAAAGCCGGCAAGACAGUUCAUGACGAAGAUGGCUUCCCGAUUACUGUGUGGGACUCUGAAGACAGUGUUGAUGCGACGAAAGAGGUAGAAGGAGAUGUACAGGAAGUCGAGCUGUGGUAUGCCGAUGGAGAAGUUUGCGAUAUUACGAAGAAACCGAGAGAAGUUCUUGUCAGACUAAAGUGCAAACCAACUCAAGACGCCUUAUCGCUGUAUCUCCUCGAGCCAAAGACCUGUAGCUACAUUCUUGUGCUAGAAUCCAAAUUGCUUUGUUCAAUCCUCGCAAAUGCCGACGAAAAUGGCCUCCUCAGCUUGAAAUAA